AUGUUUCAGCCCACACCCAAGCGGUGUUUCACCAUCGAGUCGCUGGUGGCCAAAGACAGCCCCUUGCCCGCGUCUCGCUCCGAGGAUCCUAUCCGGCCGGCGGCGCUCAGCUAUGCCAAUUCCAGCCCGAUGAACCCUUUUCUCAACAGCUUCCACUCCACUGGCAGGGGGGUCUACUCCAACCCGGACUUGGUCUUUGCAGAGGCCGUCUCCCACCCGCCUAACCCGGCCGUGCCGGUCCAUCCCGUGCCCCCUCCCCACGCCCUGGCCGCCCACCCGCUGCCCGCUUCGCACUCCACGCACCCGCUCUUCGCCUCGCAGCAACGGGACCCCUCCACCUUCUACCCCUGGCUAAUACACCGCUACCGGUAUCUGGGCCACAGGUUCCAAGGGAAUGAAACCAGCCCGGAGAGCUUCCUAUUGCACAACGCACUGGCCAGGAAACCCAAACGGAUCCGUACAGCUUUCUCCCCAUCCCAAUUACUGAGACUGGAACAUGCCUUUGAGAAGAACCAUUAUGUAGUAGGAGCAGAGAGAAAACAGCUGGCACACAGCCUCAGCCUCACGGAAACUCAGGUAAAAGUAUGGUUUCAGAACAGACGGACAAAGUUCAAGCGGCAAAAGUUGGAAGAGGAAGGUUCAGACUCACAACAGAAGAAAAAAGGGACUCAUCACAUUAACCGGUGGAGAAUCGCCACCAAGCAAGCCAGUCCAGAGGAAAUCGACGUCACGUCGGACGAUUAA